GCCCGGGCCGGGGGCAGCGCCGGAAGAGGAAGCCUUGAACUUGGCCUUGGGGGGCCGCGGCGGCGGGCAGGUGUGCGGCGGCCGGGCGGCUAUGCGGGGCCGCUGGGGCGCCCCGGGCUGACGAGGCGCGCGAGCCGCCAUGGCGCUGUGCGGGCCCCUGCACCUGGCUCUGCUGGGGCUGGGGCUGGGACUGGCAGGGGCGGCCGAGACCCCGGGGAACUCCAGCUUAGGUCUUCUUGAAUUUUCUUUGGGGAAAUUUAGACACUUUGUGCUCAACAAGCCCUUUCCAGAAGAAGCUGUAUUGCGUUAUAUCUCAAGCAAUGUCACAUUUAUCAUCUUCCAAGUACAUUCUCAGUACAAGAACGUAACAGUCUCUUUCAAUAAGAAUCCUCCUUCAGGUGCUUCGGGGACAGGUGUGGACAAAGGCCUAGUUUCCACUCUUAGACCAGAACAGAGUAUUUGUACUUGGUACUUGGAAUCUUCCGAUGCUGAUAAUGUCUGGAGUGUGGCUGUUCCACUUUCUUAUUCAGAAAAAGAUCCUAUCCCUGGAGGCUGUAAUCUGGAGUUUGAUUUAAAUGUGGAUCCUAACAUUUACUUAGAAUAUAAUAUAUAUGAAACAGUUAUCAAAUUUGCCCCAGCAAAUCUAGGAUAUUCCAGGGGCACAGAUCCUCAACCCUGUGAUCUGGGGACUGGUCUGGACUCCAGGUGGAGGCUGCAGUAUGAUGUUUAUCAGUAUUUUUUGCCUGAGAACAACCUUACUGAAGAGGUACUACUGAGACACAUGCAGAAGAUGUCCAUGGUGUCUCAGAUAGAAGCUAGUGGUUUCAAAGUUGCCACCCUAAAAUCUAGUGAAAAGACCAUUGUUUACUUCUCAUCCAUCCCAGGACAGGGUGUAAUUUAUAAUGUUAUUGUAAGGGACCCAGUUUUAAAUACAUCAGCUGCUUAUGUUCCUGCUCACACAUAUGCCUGUCACUUCACUACGAUCCUAGAUAAUUGUUCUUCUCUUGGAAGACUUUCCACCAAAGUGUUUUUCACCAUUUUUGCUAUUCUUGGUCUCUUCAUUUGUUUCUUUGGACACAGAUUCUGGAAAACAGAACUAUUCUUCAUAGGCUUUAUCUUUGUGGGAUUCUUUUUUUACAUAUUGAUUACAAGAUUAACUCUUCUUCAAUAUGAUGAUCGCCUGAUUUUGACUGCAGUUGCUGGAGGGCUUGGUGGAAUUCUCUUGGUAAUGGUUUGGUGGAGAUUUGGUUUGAUCCUGGUUUGUAUGCUCUGUGUUGGACUAGUACUGGGAUUCCUCAUUUCAUCAGUGGCUUUCUUUACUCCACUAGGAGAGUUGAAGAUUUUUCAUGAUGAUGCUGUGUUCUGGGUGGCUUUUUCUUGUAUGGCCAUUUCGAUUCCAGUAGUUUUCAUAGGUUGCCUAAGAAUUUUGAACAUACUGGCUUGUGGGAUUACUGGUUCCUAUUCUGUGGUUUUAGCCAUUGACAGCUAUUUUUAUACCAGCCUUUCAUACAUCACUUUGAAUGUACUUAAGAGAGCAGUCAACACCAAUUUCAACAGAGCUUAUACCAACGUGCCUUUUCAAACUAAUGACUUUGUUAUUCUGGCAAUCUGGGUAAUGUUGGCAGUGAGUGGAAUUACAUUACAGAUCCGGAGAGAGAGGGGACGACCAUUUUUCCCUCCCCAUCCAUAUAAAAUGUGGAAGCGAGAGAGAGAGCGCAGAGUCACUAACAUUCUGGAUCCCAGCUACCACGUUCGUCCACUGAGAGAGAGACUUUACAGUAAAUUAGCACAGUUUAAGCAGCUGUUUCAUGAGGAGGAGACCACGGGAGAACGAACCCCUCUGCUGCUGUGAUGGAGGAGAUGCUCUCUCAUUGCUUCCUUUUCAUCCAAAGCACCAAAUCUGCACGAACAUUUGAAGCAAUGCUUGGCAUUUAUGGUGCUAUGCGCCUUGAUUGCUUAGGAACUCAUAGCGUUUGGAGGUCAGGCAGCAAGUGCUGCAUCCGUUAUGGAGUUAGCCUGUGUCAGUCUCCUUGUGUUUGUUAACAAGGCUUGACAUGCCUUCAGGACAUUCUCAUGAUAAAGCAUCCUUCAGAAGCAGUUACACUUUUGUCUAAAUAUUGUUGAGGAGGGUGUCUACGGAGGCAGGAGUGGAUGGCAGGAAAUGUCUGGGGAUGGUAGGGAAGCAUUUUCCCAUUUUAAAUUAUCUGAAAAGAAAGCUUUUAAUUUAAUGCUCAACUUAAUCCAUUAAAUAUGAAAGGAAAAGUACAUGGGCUGGUAGCAUUAUGGGGAGUAGAGAAAUAUUUGUUAAAGCCCAUUGUCAUUUCAUUAUUGAAAUCUCUUCAUAUUUCUCCCUACCCCUUAAAAUGUUUUGUUUAAUUUGUGGUGUUCUAUGCAAAUCUUAGACUGAAUCUGUAUUAGUGAUUGCUGGAGGUCUAGGGACCUCAUAGUAUACCCACUUGUCGGUAUACUGAGAGGACUUUGAAUUUUAGAGAAUAUAUAGAGAUGAGGAAUGACUCACAAGAGCUGACCAGUAAUGAGGAGUGAUAUUUGUCAUUUUCUCUUUUUCAUUGGACUGUAUGAUGGAAAAGGCAAACAUUUUUUUUUUGGCUUAAAUUAGAAUAAUGAUCUCUGAUGUUUCAACUGACUGAAAAGAGGUAAAAAUUUAUAAAUGAAGUUUAGUUACUAACUUAGUUUCAAAAUCCAAAUAAAUGACCACUCUCACCUUUUCAAGGCCAUUUCCAGCAUAACACUAAAAACUUUUAACAAAUGUUGUUUGAGAAUAGGUAGGUUGUAUUUUUCUUUUAGAAAAAAAUUUACACUUAUUAACUUCCAUUCCCUUCCCCCCUUUAAAAACAAAAUCAAGUGUUUUUUUAUAUUGUGACUUAUUAACUGGUGCUGGCAUGAUAUAAAAAACUUGCCUGACAGUUUCUUCCUCAAGAUUCUUGUUAUCUUGGUGGUUGAAAGUGAAUUUAUUGGAGAGGAUGGUAAAAUGCAAUGACAAACUAACCAACUUUUAAUUUUAUUUCUUUCUAGUUUUAGAGGCAUUUUUUUCCCUCAUCACAAUAAAAUGUGUCCUGGACUGCUAAUUUCAUCAGAUCUCUUUUCCCAGUUUUGCCAUAAUAUUGGACAGGAGUCUGGUUCACCAGGAUGAAAUUAUAUAUGGGUUAAGCACUGAUGCUUAAAGCAGUGCAGCUUUCAUAGUCUCAUCUUUGUGAUAUUUGGAAUUUGUUUAUUAUUGUACAAGUUUUGUUUUUAACCUUUAAAAAUAGUCUUGGAAAACAUAAAUGAAUUUUUGUUCUAAUUGCCUCUGCUGCCCAAUGUCAUCGUUUUCUUUCACACUUCCUAACCCCCAUUCCUAUGACCUUUUGGGCUUAAAUGAAUCUCAUUGAAAUAUAUAAUUCUGAAAUUAUAUCAAUCCUGAUAACAUUUUAACACUUGGAAAACCCUUCCUUUCCCCCAUUUUUUACAUUAAGCAUGGAGCCUAUGCCUACGAGAUGCAUUUCCACUUCUUAAAUUUAUUUUAAAGUCAUGAUUGGUUGCUAACUAGUGACUGUGAGGAUAGGGCAUUCAAAUAAGGAAGAAAACACAAUUUGUUUAACUUUUCAAAUUGUCAUACUCUUUUGUGAGUAAUUAGAAGCAGAAAUUUGUUAUCUUUUUUUAUAUAAUAAAUACAUGUUUCUGAAAACCUUU